AUGGAUCAUUUUGACACGCAUAACCAAGAAGAUAUCUUCCAAAUGGAUGAUGAGUUUGAGCACGACAGAUAUAGCCAAGCUACCGAUGAUUCGCUAUUGUAUCAAUGUCCAUACUGCAACGAGAACUUAAAGACAUUCAGUUCGCAACACAACUGCAACACAAUCCCAGAUCUAAUAACCAAGAAUAAUGAGUUGAUUGAAAUAAAUUACAGGAAAUGGUUGGUUCAUUUUUCGUAA